AUGUCUUUGGCUUUCUCCAGCCUAUGUGGCCAUUUCAUACUCCUAUGCUUCAGCUUACUACUUAUUCUACGCCCCGGACAAGCAUACGAAGGACUCUCCGAUGAGACGUUGAAGGCAUUGCCACGACCAAGUCAAGAAUUCGAUAUUCAUGAUGGUGCCAUUCUGUCUCCUAUUCUCCAGACCCGUGUCCCUGGCACCCCCGGCCACGAUGCGGUCCUCGAUCACCUAGUCAACUACAUCCGGACGACCGUACCCAAUUGGAAGCUCGAGCUUCAAAACUCUACGUCGGAAACACCUUUAUCUCGUGGGAAGGAGGUACCCUUUGUCAAUAUCAUCGCAUACCGUGAUCCUCCAGGCGCCCCCGUCGGAGACAUUGAACGACUCACCUUGGUCGCCCACUAUGACAGCAAGUUGACACCGGAGGGUUUUAUCGGGGCCAUUGACAGUGCAGCACCAUGCGCAAUGAUUAUGCAUGCAAUGCGCACCAUCGAUGCCGCGCUGGAGAAGAAAUGGGCUGCCAUGCGGGAGAAAGGGGACGACCCUGCAUUUGAGGAAGAGCCCGGGAUCCAGGUGCUUUUCCUCGACGGCGAAGAAGCCUUUGAGGAGUGGACUAGCACUGACUCUCUCUACGGCGCCCGCUCUUUGGCGGAAACAUGGGACCAGGAAAUGAACCCGGCCAUGUCCACAUUCAAAACGAAGUUAUCGUCUAUCUCGCUCUUCGUUCUUUUGGAUUUAUUGGGUUCCAAAAGUCCCAAUAUUAUGUCCUUCUACCAGACUACUCACUGGGCCUACCAAAACAUGGGUAAUUUGGAACAGCGUCUGAGGUCAUUGGGCCAAUUUAAGUCCUCAUCGACCGACCCAUGGUUCAUUGAUACGUCCAAGAAUUCGCAACAGGUCGUUUCUCGGGGUGGUAUUCAAGACGACCACAUCCCUUUCCUGGCGCGAGGCGUAGAUAUUCUGCAUGUUAUCGACUUCGCGCCGUUCAAGGGAUUUUCUCCCGUGUGGCACACUAUGGACGAUGAUGCAGAGCAUCUGGAUAUGGAUACAGUCCAGGACUGGACCCUGCUUAUCACCGCUUUUACUGCGGAAUGGAUGGAAUUGGAAGGUUUCCUCGGUCAUUCAGAAUCUGUGAAAGCACGUAGGGACGAGGACCUUGAAGAGGAAGCCAUCCGUCUGAACAAAAAGACCGAGUUGUAA